CCAUACAAAAAAUAAAACUAUUUUUCUAAUAUAUUUAUUCCUCUUUUUAGUCUCACCUUUUUAAUAAUGUCUUUUAAUUCCACACACCACACACCAAAUAUCAACUUUAAACAUAGGGAAGUCCUUGCUGAUUGGAAAACAGGGUUCGAAUCUCGGUUAACUUACAAGCUACAUCUACCAUAUCAAGAGUUUAUUGGUGUUAGUGGGGGUUUUGAGGACAUAACGGAUAGUAGCUGCGAGUAUAGAUUGGUCCGUCUGAGCAAUAAUCUAACUGCUGUGUGUGUGCAUAACCCUGAUGCCAAGCAGGCCGCAGCUGCGCUCAGUGUUAAUGUCGGUCAUAUGGCUAAUCCGCCAGAACUUCCUGGGUUGGCUCAUUUACUUGAGCACGUGCUUUUCAUGAGCUCUGCAAAGUAUCCUGAUGAGGACGGGUACAGGGCAUAUCUCUCCGAGUUUUCAGGAAAAGCCAAUGCUUACACGGACAACGCAAAUACAUGUUUCCACUUUGACGUAAGCAACAGCGGCCUCGAGGGUGCCCUCGACCGUUUCUCGCGUUUCUUUAUUGAUCCCCUGAUCAAUGCCGACAGUGUCCACAGGGAACUGCAUGCAGUGGAUUCAGAACACACCCUAUACACGAGGAUGGACUCAUGGCGGCAAUACAUUAUGUUUAAGGCUAUCACUGAUCAGACACACCCCUAUGCAAUAUAUGGAAAUGGAAACACCGGGACGCUAAAGGGGUCGGCGGAUAAGUUGGGCCUUGAUUUGCACCAGGAGCUGGUCAAUUUUUACCAAAAAUUUUACUCCGCAGAUAUAAUGAACUUGGUCAUAUAUGGCAAUCAUGGUCUUGACCAGUUGACGGAAUGGGCUGUGUCCAUGUUUUCCAGUAUUGAAAGCAAGGGUGUGACAAAACCCCUGCUGCCAACCCACACCCUUUGAGUAGCAACCACUUGGGCAAAAUCGUGCAUUUCGAGUCUGUCUCCAACGACUGCUAUAUCAAGCUUGUAUUUGCAUUUCCAGAAACCAAAUCCCAGUAUGCAUCAGGUGCCGAACUCUACCUGUGCUCACUGUUAAG